CCCUUUCCCUCCAAGCAAUUACCAAAAAACAAAGUUAUUAUAACUCUCUUCUCUUUUACACAAGUCUAAAGUUCAUUUGUUCUCUCAAAAUUUUCUUGUUCUUUAUCUACAUAUUACCAACAUGGUUCUAUCAAAAACCUCCUCUGAGUCUGAUGUUUCCGUACACUCCACUUUUGCCUCUCGCUAUGUUCGAGCUUCCCUUCCAAGGUUCGAGAUGCAGGAGAAUUCGAUACCAAAAGAGGCAGCAUAUCAAAUAAUUAACGAUGAAUUGAUGCUUGAUGGGAACCCAAGACUGAAUUUGGCAUCAUUUGUGACAACAUGGAUGGAACCAGAAUGUGAUAAGCUUAUGAUGGCUGCCAUUAACAAGAACUAUGUUGACAUGGAUGAAUACCCUGUUACCACUGAGCUUCAGAAUCGGUGUGUGAACAUGAUAGCACGUUUAUUCAACGCACCCUUGGAAGAGGAAGAAACAGCAAUAGGUGUGGGCACAGUGGGCUCAUCUGAGGCCAUAAUGCUAGCAGGCCUUGCUUUCAAGAGAAACUGGCAAAACAAACGUAAAGCUGAGGGCAAACCUUAUGAUAAACCCAAUAUUGUCACUGGUGCCAAUGUUCAGGUGUGUUGGGAGAAAUUUGCAAACUACUUUGAAGUGGAAUUGAAAGAAGUGAAGCUAAGGGAAGGGUACUAUGUGAUGGAUCCAGUCCAAGCUGUGGAGAUGGUAGAUGAGAACACUAUUUGUGUUGCUGCAAUUUUGGGUUCAACUCUUAAUGGAGAAUUUGAAGAUGUCAAGCUCUUGAAUGAUCUCUUGAUUGAAAAGAACAAGCAAACUGGAUGGAACACACCAAUUCAUGUGGAUGCAGCAAGUGGUGGAUUCAUUGCUCCAUUUCUUUACCCAGAGUUGGAGUGGGACUUUAGGCUUCCUUUAGUGAAGAGUAUCAAUGUGAGUGGCCACAAGUAUGGGCUUGUCUAUGCUGGUAUUGGUUGGGUUAUUUGGAGGACCAAACAAGACUUGCCUGAAGAACUCAUUUUCCACAUCAAUUAUCUUGGUGCUGAUCAACCUACUUUUACUCUCAAUUUCUCCAAAGGUUCAAGUCAAGUCAUUGCUCAAUAUUAUCAGCUUAUCCGCUUGGGCUAUGAGGGAUAUCGAAACGUAAUGGAGAAUUGUCGUGAAAAUGCAAUUGUACUAAGGGAAGGACUUGAAAAAACAGGACGUUUCAACAUAGUCUCAAAGGAUGAAGGUGUCCCUUUGGUAGCCUUUUCCCUAAAGGACAAUAGCCUUCACAAUGAAUUCGAGGUCUCCGAGACGCUCCGUAGGUUCGGGUGGAUCGUCCCGGCCUACACCAUGCCAGCUGACGCGCAGCAUGUCACAGUUCUGCGCGUUGUGAUCCGGGAGGACUUCUCCCGGACCCUGGCUGAGCGUCUUGUGCUCGACAUUGUUAAGGUGCUACACGAGCUCGACACGCUUCCAGCUAGGUUGAGUGCUAAAAUGGAGGAGACGGGGGAGAAUUUGAUGAUCAAGAAUGGAAAGAAAACAGAUCUUGAAGUUCAAAGGGAAGUUACUGAUUUUUGGAAGAAGUUUGUUUUAGCUAGGAAAGCUGCUGUUUGCUAGAGAAGGGUGGUAGUUAAAGGAAUAAGUAUAACUUUUUAUUCAGUAACAAAACUAUGAUUUUUCGGUUAUUUUUUCUCUUAAAUUUCGUUGAGUAACUAACAAAAGUUGAUUAAGGAUGAUGACUGUAUAUCAUCAGUUUUUUUUAUUGUAAUGGUAACUUUUUCUUAGAACACAUGUUCGCCAUUUGUUCUAUUGAAUUAAUAUUAUUAUUGUUAUGUUA